CUCCUUCCUCAAUCUUUAUUUCUCUAAACCCUACUUUUAAGUUCAGCCACCUCCUCCCGCCCAUUGCUAGCUACUGCACCACGUACACCCUUCCCUCCCGCCCUCAAACAGAGAGUAAGCUAGAAUCAUCACUUGGUAUUGAAUUGACUGCCAUGGCGGUACUGGACGAGAAUGUUCCGUCCUCCUCAGAGGUCGAGGCAAUGAACAAAAGGCGCAAAAGGAAAACACCCAAGAAAAAUCCUCUUUCAACAGCUACCGAAGAAUCGGAACUUCAGAAUCCUAUGAAAGGUGAUGAAGAAGAAGAAGAAGAAGGGGAAGGAGAUGCCGAAGGUAAUGUACCGGAGGAGAAUAUGAAGAACAAGAAGAGGAAAACGAAAACGAAGAAGGAAGGACAUGAAGAUACUGGUGAUGGUAAGGUAGAGGAGGCCGUGGAAGGGCAAGUGGAGAAGGGCGAGGAGAAAAAAAAUCAGAAAAAGAAGGUUAAGACUGGUGGGUCGGGAAUUAUGAGUACUGUUUCAUUUGAUUCGCUUGAAUUGUCGGAAAAUACUCUCCGGGCGAUUAAGGACAUGGGAUUUGAGCAUAUGACUCAGAUUCAAGAUAGAGCAAUUCCCCCUUUUCUGGCUGGCAAAGAUGUUCUUGGAGCUGCGAGGACUGGAUCUGGGAAAACCCUUGCAUUUCUUAUACCUGCUGUGGAGCUGUUACAGCGCAUCUCUUUUACACCUUAUAAUGGAACUGGUGUUAUCGUUAUUUGCCCAACACGGGAGCUUGCAAUUCAGAUACAUGAAGUGGCAAACGAGCUUCUCAAAUAUCAUUCACAGACUCUUGGCAUUGUUACCGGUGGUUCUAGCAGACAAGCGGAAGCCAAUCAUAUUACUAGGGGAGUCAAUCUAUUAAUAGCAACCCCUGGUCGACUUCUUGACCAUCUUCAGCAUACUAAAAAUUUUGUGUUUAAGAAUUUGAAGUGCCUUAUAAUUGAUGAAGCCGACAGGAUAUUGGAAACUAAUUUUGAAGAGGAAAUGAAACAAAUUAUAAAGCUUCUACCAAAGAAUAGGCAGACUGCUCUGUUCUCAGCAACCCAAACACAAAAGGUUGAAGAUCUUGUCCGCCUGUCGUUUCAGUCAACUCCUGUUUAUAUCGAUGUAGAUGAUGGGAGAACAAAGGUCACCAAUGAAGGGUUGCAACAAGGUUAUUGUGUUGUUCCCAGUGCUAAAAGAUUCAUUGUUCUGUAUUCCUUCUUGAAGAGAAGUUUAUCAAAGAAAGUUAUGGUCUUCUUCUCAUCUUGUAACUCUGUCACAUUUCACGCGGACCUUCUUAGACACAUUAAGAUUGAUUGCAUGGAUAUUCAUGGAAAGCAAAAACAGCAGAAGAGAACUUCUACCUUCUUUGCCUUUAAUAAGGCUGAGAAAGGGAUCCUUCUAUGUACCGAUGUUGCUGCACGUGGACUUGACAUCCCCGCAGUUGAUUGGAUUGUUCAGUACGAUCCUCCAGAUGAACCCAAGGAAUAUAUUCACAGAGUUGGUCGAACAGCUCGAGGUGAAGGCAGCAAAGGAAAUGCACUACUAUUCUUGAUUCCCGAAGAGCUUCAGUUUCUUCGCUAUCUAAAGGCAGCAAAAGUACCUGUCAAAGAGUACGAGUUCAGUGAUAAAAGACUGGCCAACGUGCAGUCUCACCUGGAGAAGCUAGUAGGCAGUAAUUAUCAUCUGAACAAGGCAGCUAAAGAUGCUUACAGAACCUAUUUAUUAGCUUACAAUUCACACUCUAUGAAAGAUAUUUUCAAUGUCCACCGCCUUGAUCUGCAGGCUAUUGCUGCGUCGUUUUGCUUUUCAAAUCCUCCAAAGGUCAACCUUAACAUUGAUAGCAGUGCCUCAAAAUUGAGGAAGAAAACACGUAAAGUAGAAGGGAGCAGGAAUAGAUUCAGUGAGAGCAAUCCUUAUGGGAAGAAGAAUGCGGAGGAUGAAAGACAAUUUGUAAGAUACUAGCUCAUACUUCUAUUCAAAUGGAUUCAAAUCUCUGACCCCAUAGUCGAGAUGACAUAUACUAUAUAUAUAUUAGUUGAACUAUAUCUGCAUUAGUCUUAGCUGCGAUUCAUUUAUAAGCUGAUAUUCUUGAAAUAGUUUGGUACCAUAUGCGAUGUUGUAAUCUAAGUUUUGUAGCAUAGGGAAAAUCUUGAACUGAACGAGGCAAUCUGGAGAGUAAUUUAUUCUGGAGAAGUGUAUACUAGCACAUAAAUUUUUUGAUAGAUUCAUUCUUAAUUUUAAUUUUAUAAAUCUAUAAUUGGAUCA